CCACGGGCUUAAUUCAUACUUAAUAUAAUUUCUGAAAUUCUCUGAUAAAAACUCUAAAGACCCAACAAUGGCUUGCAAACUCCUUUGCUUCCUCAUCCUCGUGACCUUCGUUUCUCAAGGAUAUGGGUGCGACCGUAGCAAUCUAACUCUGAAACAAUCAAAGACCGGCAACUUGUAUAAGGACGUAACAGAGUGGGAAGUGAGAGUGACGAACCCAUGUCCAUGCGAUUUCAAGAACGUAAAGUUGACGUGCACCGGUUUCAAAUCGGUCUUACCCAUUGAUAAAUCGGUGUUGUCGAAAUCUGGUAAAGACUGUCUCCUAAUCAACGGACAGUCUGUCGGGUAUAAAUCAGACUACGUCUUCAGAUAUGUGUGGGCCACUAGCUUCAACUUCAAGAUCCUCGAUGCCACAAGCGCUUGCCCUUGAAUUUGUUUUUAGCGCA